CGUUGCCAUUGCUCCUCAGGCCAGCGAUUCACAAGCUAAUACACAGCUAGCUAAGCUUCUAGUGGCCAGAGGAAGAAGAAGCGUCUGAGAAUGUCGUGCUGCGGUGGCAACUGCGGAUGCGGCUCCGGCUGCCAGUGCGGCAACGGCUGCGGCGGAUGCAAGAUGUACCCUGAGGUGGAACCCACGACCACGACCACCACCACCACCUUCCUCGCCGAUGCCACCAACAAGGGGUCUGCUGCUUCGGGAGGAUCAGAGAUGGGGGCUGAGAACGGCGGCUGCGGCUGCAACACCUGCAAGUGCGGCACCAGCUGCGGCUGCUCCUGCUGCAACUGCAACUAGAUGAUCUCCCAUCAUCAUCAACAUGCACGCAGCUAGCUGCGACUACUAUUAUGUAAUGUAACGCUCGCCUCAUCAGGGCCACUGCAUGGCUACCUUAAGCAAGCAAGGGCAAGGUGAUUGAUUCACACUCACUUUGCUGCUAGCUUAGCGUCUCCUGUAUGUCAUGUUGCCGCCUGGCCCCUAAAUAAAAUUCCUUACUCAUAUAACUGCUAA